CUCCGGUGUUGCAGUGGCCCAGGCUAUCCGCAACGAGAUGGAUUACAGCGGGCUGCAGGCAGAUAGCUCAAAGUCAGUGGGCACUGUCUGCUCGUUGAACCUGCAGAACGAUGGAUAGAUGGCCACACACAAGAAGAAACAAACAGCUCAUCAUUGCUCAGUGAGUGUACGUGAAUCAGCCUCUGUCUCUGUCUGUCUGCUUCUACAUGCAUACGUGAUGAAUAGGGCAGGGAUGCCCUGCGCGUGGAGGCCUGCCCCGAUCUGCUUCAUUAAUCUCGUCUUCCCCCCACGCGAAAAACGAGUGAUAAUCAUUGGCUCCACACGGACCACACGGUCGCGGUCGUUCGCUUUAUAGUGCCCGACAAGCUUUCGCAAAAUGUCACCGACUCGCUCCUGGCCGAUGUAGGGCUGCCGCUGACUGGGGUCGAGAGCGAUGCUUGGCACAUCUCGGACGCCAGGAUCAAUGGGCUCGGUGAGCCUGGCGACGCUGAUAAGGUCGCCAGCCUUGAGCUCCACAGCAUUUCUGUCGCUGACACCCAGCGGUCCGACCUGCCCGGCAGACUCGACAGCUGAGUCUGACACAGACAAACAGACAGGCACACAGAACUUGAGUGAGUGCUUGUCCGCCUCGUCCUCUCUCGCUGGCUGGCUGGCUGUCUCGCUCCACCCAUCCAGCCAGCUAAGGAAGGAAGUGUACCUUCGGGGAACUCGCCGCUCGUGGCAGUUCCUUGACUCAUCGGCACCAGCCUCGUGGCUGUCUUGAGCCGCCUCACUCGCCGCCAGGCAACACCGCUGCGGCCGCGCUGGUUCGCAUGUAGGAAUGUCAUAGAUGCCGGCACCGCCCUCUCAGCCACGGAGCACAGGAGCCAUCCUCCCAGGAUGACGAACAAGUACAAGACAGCCAUCAUCCACCCAGCGGUGAAGCGACACUGAGGAUGGAUCAUAAAAGCCUAAGCUCAGCUGGGGGUUCCCACACUGCAGUCAGUCAAACUACAACACAAACAAACAGGCACAACCACAAACAGGCCAUCAUGGCCGUGAUGUGCAGUGCAAUCAACCAACGUCAUGCUGGAUGGUCUCACUCACCACGGAUCUGAUCUGCCGCAGGUUCCUUCACCGUCGAUGACACCACGAGGCUGACCACAGCAAGGAGCAACUUCAUGCAAUGCACCAGCUGGCCGACUCUUGAAUCACGGACGGAAUCGAGCUGUUCGGUCGCUGCUUCACACGCACGUUCGUGCUAUGUAUUGCCACACCUGUUCUCGCAAUGAAGCACUCAAGCCACAGGUCCAGCAUCUACACGCGCACGCUCUUUCCUC